UGGCAAGUCUCAACCUGUCGCCGCCGCCCCGACGGCGAUCAGUCCUCCGGCGCCGGCUGUUGCACCUCGGCCGCCGCAGCCUGCGCCGGCUGCCUCCGCCGUGUCGUCAAGUACGGGCUCAGUGAGUGCUGCGGCGGCGGCAGCAGCGCCUCCGCCAUCGCCUGCUGCUGUGGACCCCGCCCUGCAGGCGCUCGUCCUAGGCCACCUCCGUUCCGGGGACCUCGACGGCGCCUUCUCCCGUGUCCUAGAGCGCCAAGAACUGCCGCUGGUGCUGUGGGCCUGCAGCGCUGCAGGCGGCGCGGCCGUGCUGGCCGCUGAGCCCUGCCCGCUGGGCCAAGCCACGCUGUUGUCGCUGCUGACGUUCCUGUCGUACGACCUGUCGGCUGACGUGGACCUGAAACUGGGCUGGAUUGACGCCAUCUUGAAGCGUCUGGAUGUGAGGGAGCCCGGGCUUGCUCCGCACAUCAGGGGUGUGUUGGACAGCGUCAAGGCGGCGCUGGCGGUGAUUGCUCGCGGCGGCUCCGGUGCCACCGCCGCCAAGGCAAAGCAGGCGGUGCAUCAGGCCAUCGGACUCAUCGCCAUGCUGUCAUGAGGCGGGAGAGCGCGUGUGUGUGUUUAGAUAAACUGGCCGCAAGUCGCAAGACGUACAUGUCUUGAACGCGUGUGUGUUUGCCCUGGUUGAGGUUUGGCUGACUGAUGACUGCCGUGGGGCGCGGGGGCUGGCGGGUUAGUGUCGCUUGGUUGGGGUUGGGUUUGCGGAGGGAAAGAGGGUUUGGGGAGGGAAAGCGCGAAGGGAUUGGGCUGCUGCUUGCACGCGCAUGCAGCGGAGGUGGGGCCAUCGGAGCAUGGAGUGGUGCCAGGAUGGUGGGAGCACGUGGCAGGGCUUGGGAGCGGGAGUAGCAAUGCUGUGACGGUGAGACUGCCUAAGAUGCUUUACUGGCAUGUUAAUUGUUUGGGCCGCAUAUCGGCGCAUAUAGUAGAAUAGUAGGCCUUGUUUGGCACAGGACUGGUCUUGAUUGGCAUGUUUCGGCCCCAUCUGAUGGUGCUGCUCGGGGCAGCCAGGGGCAAGGGAGCCGGUGAUGUGGCUUGCCACCAGCGCAGCAGGACGCAGCGGAAAGCCCUGGAUUUCGGGUUGAUCGGCCCAUGAACGCCAACGCGUAUGAACCAUGUUGACGCGCAUGUGGAUGCAAAGUGGAGUCUGCGGUAGACAGGGAAACAGUUCAUGUACGGGUAAGAGCUUCCGGUAAUGUGGGGGUGCGCGCGGGGUGUGUGGGACGUUGCAGUCGCUUUUUCAUGUGCAUUAUCACCAAC